AUGAGUUCUUGCGAUUCUGGCGCCUCUUCCAGAAACCUUUCGUUUGAUGUAGAUGAUUCUGAACUGGAAUCUUUUUUUACGAAUUUUGGCGAAAUAUUAUUUGCUAGAGUUGUUAAAGAUCAUGGUACGCAGCAUUCAAAGGGUUCCGGAUUUGUCAAAUUUGUUAAAAAGGAAGACUGUGCCAAUGUUCUUCUUGAUAGUGCUAAGGGCGAGAACUUCCAAAAGUUUACACUCCGUGGCAGAACACUUGAUCUGAGGUUAGCAAUAAGUCGAGAGGCUGCUCGCCAAACAUCUUCAUCUAAAGAAGUUACAUCAGAGCAAAUUUUUGAAUCGGAAGCCCCAUGUGUUCCUGGUGCCCCAUUGGAAGAUAUUAACUUAUCUGGUCGCAAUCUUCAUCUGGCUUCCUUAGGAAUGAUUCGGCCUGGUUCAAAGGCGGCUGAAGGUCUUUCAGGGCAUGACUUGGCGAAAAGAGAUGCUCUUCUCCGUUCUAAAAAGUGUCCUGGUGGCGUACCCUGCGAUAAAUACAGUCAAUCUUUAUAA